AGAAUAAAAUUUAAAAAAGGAGAUGGUUUUGGAGCUUUUCCAACGUCCUGGCUUUUUUUAGUGGACACACCGAGUCCGAAUAUUUUUCAUUUCAUCUCUCUCACCCACCUCCACCUCCACCUCCGCCAUCGCCAUCGCCGCCGUGCGCCGGUGGCUGCGAUCGACGAAUCCUCACUCUGGAUCUUCAUUGCCGGAAUUUCAUCUGCUUCGCUUUCUCUACUUUCACACUUUCACUAUUCCUACUGCCAACCCAGUCCAGUGUUCCUGUUCCUAUCUGAUAUUUCUUCUUCCAAGCUGCAUUUCUUUCGCCUGUAAUGGACCGACGAGGUUGGCCCUGGAAGAAGAAAUCAUCUGAGAAGACAGCAGAGAAGGCCAAUACUACAUCAGAAUCGGCUGGAAGUCAGGGUGAUCAGGAUGGGUUUAAAAAACCAAGUUAUGUACAAAUCUCUGUUGAGACGUAUUCACAUCUUACCAGUUUGGAGGACGAAGUGAAAACUCGUGAUGAACAAAUUCACACCCUGGAAGGUGAGAUUAAAGAUCUUAAUGAGAAACUAUCUGCUGCACACUCAGAGAUGACUACCAAGGACAACCUCGUCAAACAGCAUGCUAAAGUUGCUGAGGAAGCUGUCUCAGGUUGGGAGAAAGCUGAAGCAGAAGCUCUGGCGUUAAAAAAUCAUCUAGAGACUGUGACACUGUCCAAGCUCACUGCUGAAGAUAGGGCGUCACAUUUGGAUGGUGCUCUGAAGGAAUGCAUGAGACAGAUAAGAAAUCUGAAAGAAGAACAUGAACAUAAAUUGCAAGAAGUUAUUUUCACCAAAACUAAACAGUGGGACAAAAUUAAACUUGAGUUGGAAUCAAAGAUGGCAGACUUAGACCAAGAACUUCUUAGGUCUGCUGCUGAAAGUGCUGCACUUUCAAGGUCAUUACAAGAACGUUCCAACAUGCUGAUUAAAAUAAGUGAAGAAAAGUCACAAGCUGAGGCUGAAAUUGAGAUGUUGAAGGGCAACAUUGAAUCAUGCGAAAGAGAAAUAAAUUCACUUAAAUACGAACUACACAUAGUAUCCAAAGAGCUAGAAAUUCGCAAUGAAGAAAAGAAUAUGAGCAUGAGGUCUGCUGAAGCAGCCAAUAAGCAACACAUGGAAGGUGUUAAGAAAAUAACAAAGCUGGAAGCAGAAUGUCAAAGAUUACGUGGUCUUGUGCGGAAGAAAUUGCCUGGUCCUGCGGCUCUUGCUCAAAUGAAGCUAGAGGUCGAAAGUUUAGGCCGGGAAUUUGGAGACACCCGAGUGAGGAAGUCACCUGGUAGGCCUCCAACCCCACAUAUGCCAUCCAUACCUGACUUUUCCCUUGAUAAUGCACAGAAAUUCCAGAAGGAGAAUGAGUUCCUCACAGAACGAUUUUUAGCCAUGGAGGAGGAAACAAAGAUGCUUAAAGAGGCUUUGGCCAAGCGUAACAGCGAAUUACAGACUUCCAGGAGUAUGUGUGCCAAGACGGCUAGUAAGCUUCAAAAUUUGGAGGCGCAGCUUCAAAAUGGCAAUCACCAAAGGAGCUCCCCCAAAUCUGUUGUUCAGUUCACUGCCGAAGGCUUUUCAUGCCAAAACACAAGCCAUCCUCCCAGUUUGACCUCAAUGUCUGAAGAUGGAAAUGAAGAUGGUCAGAGUUGUGCAGAUUCUUUAUCCAUAGCAGCAAUCUCUGACAUUUCACAAUUUAGGGAGAAGAGGAAUGAGAAAUUAAAUAACACCGAAAGUGGAAGUCACUUGGAGCUCAUGGAUGACUUUUUGGAAAUGGAGAAAUUAGCAUGCCUAUCGAAUGAGUCAAAUGAACCCAUCCCUGCUUCAGGUAAUUCAAACACCGUGGCCUCUGAAGUUGUACACCAUGAUUCCAACAAUAUCCAGUCCGAACAGCAUCUGUAUUUAAGUCCAUCUACAAAUGUUGUAUCUUCUACUGUUGAUUUAUCAACUGAGACAGCUGAACUUGAUCAUGAUGGAUUGCCUUUGAUGAAACUCCGAUCAAGAAUAUCCAUGAUUUUUGAGUCUAUCUCAAAGGACGCAGAUACAGGCAAAAUUUUGGAGGAUAUUAAAUGCAUUGUGCAAGAUGCCCAUGAUGCACUUCAGCAACCCACUAUCAGUUGUUUGAACUGUGCUUCUGAAGAAGUGCAGUGCCCUGACAUGACAUGUGAUAGGCAAGCCAAUCCUGACGAUGCUGGUUUAGGAGUAGAAAGAGAAAUUGCUUUAUCCCAGUCUGCUAGACAUAAUCAGCCUAUGAGCGUAGACUUGGAAGCUGCCGUCUCUCAAAUCCAUGAAUUUGUGCUGUUCCUUGGGAAGGAAGCUUCGAGAGUUCAUGAUACAUUAUCUCCAGAUGGGCAUGGAUUGGGUAAAAAGAUUGAGGAAUUCUCUGCCACCUUUAAUAAAAUUGUGUUUGCAAACACAAGUUUGGUGGAUUUUGUUAUUGUUCUUUCUCAUGUUUUAUUUGAAGCCAGUGAGCUCAGAUUUAGUUUCACUGGAUGCAAGGAUACUGAUGGAGAUGCUAACAGUCCUGAUUGCAUAGAUAAGGUAGCUUUACCAGAGCACAAGGUUAUCCAAAACGAUUCACUGGAAGAAAGAUAUACAAACGGUUGUUCCCAUAUCUCUAGUCCCACUUCAGAUCUUGAAGUUCCGUGUGAUGGAAAUCUAGUGUCCGGCUAUGAAUCAAAUUCCAGAUCGCCCAAGCUCUUGUUAGAGGACAUUGAAGAGCUAAAAUUAGCCAAGGAGAACCUGUCAAAGGAUUUAGCAAGAUCUUCAGAGGAUCUUGAGGCAACAAAGCGAAAACUGCAGGAAACAGAGCAGCUGCUAGCAGAAUCUAGAUCACAGUUGGCUUUUGCUCAAAAAUCAAACAGCUUAUCAGAAACACAGCUGAAAUGUAUGGCAGAGUCAUACAGGUCACUUGAAGCACGGGCAGAGGAUUUGGAAACUGAGCUAAAUCUUUUGCGAGCUAAAUCUGAAGCUUUGGACAAUGAACUUCAAGAUGAGAAGAGGAAUCAUCACGAAGCUUUGUCCAAGUGCAGGGAGCUCCAAGAGCAACUACAGAGGAACGAGGUUUGUGCCAUUUGUUCUUCGGCAAUUGAUAGUGAUCCCCAGAAGAGCCAGGAGAUAGAGUUGGCUGCUGCUGCAGAGAAGUUGGCCGAAUGUCAAGAAACAAUUUUUCUUCUUAGCAAGCAGUUGAAAUCUCUGCGCCCCCAACCAGACUUUGUUGGAUCUCCAUUCAGCGAGAGAAGUCAAAGAGGUGAAGAGUUUCCUGAGGAUGAACCGUCUAAAAGUGGCACCAAUCUGCUGGACCUGGACCGGUCUGAAAUGGAUACAGCCGCUUCUGCGAUGGCACACGUAGUGGGGGCAGAAUCCCCUUGUAGCGCUUCUGAUAGUGAAGGAGGAAGCUUCAUGAGAUCCCCUAUCAAUUCAAAACAACAACCAAAACACAGGCCAACCAAGUCGAGCUCCUCUUCAUCCUCUUCCGCUCCAACUCCAGAGAAACAAGCUCGAGGAUUUAGUAGAUUCUUCUCCUCAAAAGGAAAGAACGGUCAUUAGGCUUGCUACUCUACUCUUCUUGCAUGAUAAUGUGAUUCUGUUAAAAUAUUUCAUUCAAUAAUAUAAAUAGAAAAGUACCAAACAUAGACAUCUAAGAUUUUUAGAUGGGAGUCAGUUUUGGGAGCUCUCCAUGUCUCAAAAGGGUCUCUUUAGCUUCUGUACCUAAUGCUGUACAUUAUAAUUCACAUCUGUUAAUUUUUCUUCUCUUAUUUGUAUGUGUUCUCCCCAUCUGAUCUUCAGCGGAACUGGAACAAAUGUAUUGCAAAUAUAUUCUUGAA